AUGGGGAAGACGCGAAGGAAUAAAACGAGAUUUGCAUUAAAAGUCAAUCCGAUCGGCCUGGAGGCCAACGAAAUGGAUGAUUUCUUGAAUGCGUGUGACGAGUACGAGACAUCCGGCGUUGGACCAAUAGAGUCCAUAAGAGAUCAAUUACAAAAUGCCAACAUCGAAGAAAAGCUAAAUGGACUGCAGUCACUGGCAGUCUUAACAGCGAGCAAAGAAAAGGUGACAGCCAUUUGCCAAACCGACAUUGUACGUAUUGCUGCCCCACUGUUGUGCGAGAAAGACGAUUCCGUACGCAAUUCUUGCGCUGGUGCUUUAAGGAAUUUGUCUGUAAAUGGAACAGAGGUGUGUGACUUCCUUGUCGAACAAGACGUUCUUACACCCCUGCUUGCUCUGUUGGCGGAAUAUGCACAGAAUAAUGAUUGGAAACCUAGUUUCGAUGCAAAUAUGUGCAAUCAGAUGGAUCUGCGUUCGGAUGUAUUUCUGCAAGCUAUUAACUUGCUGUGGAAUUUAUGUGAAAGCACAUCAAUUGCUGUCGAUACCUUCAAUCAAAGUAAACUUCUGGAAAGCUUUAUUAGAUGUUUGGACUUCAACGUAUACGGAAUUGAGAUAGCAAUUUCGGUGGCUCAAUGCCUGUUGGUGGUAACUGAAAAUAACCCGAAGACCUGGCACAUUCUAAAUCAAUAUGUGGCUAAUUUCUUGUGUCUGCUGUCACUAAAUGGUGAUUUCGGUCAUGCCUAUUUGCGUACAAUGGCUGCGGGUAUAUUGAGUAAUGCUCCUGCAUUGGCUGCUUCUUAUGCUGGGACAAUACUACAAUCAUUAACUGAUGUUUUAGAUACAAAUCAUCAGACGGCUCUAUCUGGGAUAAGUAAUUUGUCUAACGAAGACUCUAAAAAAGAUGCACCAGAGUUGGAAAUAAAAAUGGACACACAGGAUGUUGAUGAAAGUGAGGAGGCUGCAGCAAAUCGCAGAAGACGACAGGAACUGCCCACUGAGGCUGAUAUUGCAGUGCGAGAUGUUGGAUAUUUGUUGGACGCACAACGUGUUGCCGCCGAAAUCAUAACAAAUUUGUGCUCGCCAGAUGAUGAAGAUUGGUCUGACAUGGAGGAUGAUGAUGUCUCCGAGAACGAAAGCAUUGUUGACUAUGAAUCAAAACAGAGUAACGGUAGUAGCACCAACCUCAACGAAGGAGACAAAUUACCGACAGAAAUUACGGAAGCUAUAAAGUCGCUUGUAUUGGUAGAAAAGAUUUGGCAACGUUCCCAGCCAUUGGAAAAUAGUUUGGCUCAACAAUUAAUGGAGUCAAAUAUUAGUCUACUAAUGAAGGCUAAGAAUUUACGUAUUUCAUCUCUCUUGUGUCUACAGAAUUUGUGUAACUGUUUAAGUGCCGAAGAUUUGGGUGGUCACAAUGCCAUUUACAAUGUUUGGGUAGAGUUGGGACAACAAGUAUUCAAAGGACCAAAAGAUCCCACAGUCCUGGAACCAUCGACUUCACUGAUGCGAGCAUCGUUGGAGCAUUUGAAAACGAAAAAGGAGCUUUUCAAUCAAAUGACACAAAACGACUUAGAGCUUAUUCUUGAUGGUGUUAAAAACUGCAGCAUGCCAGAAAUUCGUGCGAAUUGGCUACGUAUGUUGGGCACUUUAGGUUGUUUGUUGAACGAACCCCUUGUACGAGUUAUUAUCUCCUUCAUUGUGGAAACAUGUUCCAAUGAAGAAGAUGUAUGGACAAUUUCAGAAGCUCUUGACGCUCUAAUGGAUAUGUUCUCUGACAACGAUUGGCAUCAAAUUCUAUUAGAUCUUAGUUUGCCUCUCAUUAUGAAGGACUUGGAGAAAAAAUUCAAAACUAAGGUACGUUCUCAACGUAAGGAACUUAAGGAUCGUUAUCCGGCUGUACAGACUGUGGUAACCAAUUUAUCACGUUUUACGAAGUAUAUAGAGAAAGAAGCUGUAAAAUAUGCAAAUGGUACUAGAUGUACCUAAA